AUGGACGAAGACGACCUGGAUAACUACGAUGCGGACUUCACAGGACAGAGCAAGGGAAAAAUUAAGGGGCAGUCAAGUAAGUAUCAGAAGAAAAUAACCGGAAAUGAUGAAACCUCGGGGCAAGCAUCCGGUACGGCAGGGCAAUCCACGGGUAAUCCAGCUAGCAGUGCGCCAUCAGGAAAUGAGACUUCCCAGGGUGCUCAAGCCUCAAGUGGUCCCAGUCUUAAUACAGGAGCAUCAGCAGGCACAACAAGCACGACAGGCACACAAACUUCAAGUCCAUCAAGUCAGGGUACUGUCACAGGUGGAGCACCACAACAAGGUAGAAUUGCACCCUCCACAGCUACUCAUGGAGCAGGAAACCAAAAUGCAGCACCAUCUGUAGGCGGUCAUGAGGGACAUGCUCCACAUGGACUCACCCCGGAAGUGAAGUACCUGGACAAGCUGUACGACGAAAUACUUAAAACGACAAACUCGAACAACGGAAUUCACGUCCCCGAUUUCCACAGCAAGUAUAAUGACUUUAGAAAGAAGUACGAGUUUACCAUGAAUGAGCAGGAGUACCAAAUUGUGAAAAACCUGUUUGACGCCUUCUUCAAGGAGGGAAAUUCAAAUGGCAAUGGCGCCAUUGCGUUCUUCAAAAAACUGUUGAAUGACAAUGGGUUACAAAAACAGUUUGACAAUUUUCAGCAUGGCCUCUACGGAUUUGCAAAACGCCACAACUACUUGAGAGCAGAUAAAAACGAUAAUGAAAAGCUGUACAAAGAUCUUCUGAACAAUAUUAUAAAUUUGCUGAACACGAUUGAAAUGAAGUGA